ACUUUCCUACAAUAGAUCUAAAACUCAAUAUAUAAUCAAUUUAUCAUUUUGGCCUAUAAUAUUUCAACAGAUAUUUCCCUUAGAUAAUACUGACGAACUCUAACAAUAUUUUUUUUGUAUUUAGUUCUGUGGCGAAAAUAAAAAAAGUUUUCAUUCUACAUAUAUAUCUAAUCAAAGAAGAUAAGCGUUAGCGAUAGUCUCUUUUCGUAUUUCUUGUGUGAAAAGCUAUUCUAUCCAUAGAUAUAUAUUUCAUUUAAUGUUGUCAGGAGAUUUUUCAAGGUUGAUUCAUCCUUAACAUAAACUUGAUCAGGAUUGUCGAUUGUUUUUAAGAGUGGCGGGGAGGUGGGGGAGAAGAAACGAUCCCAAUUUUCACUAGGUCGUACCGUACUCCCCCUCGGGCUCUUAUACAAUCAGUAAUUUCUCCCAGUAAUCGUAAAAUAUUGUCAGACAGUAUUAAAAAUUUCCGCCGACAGACACAAUUUUAGGAGGGAAUAGCACCAUCCAUCCCCCUCGCCCCUAAUCGGAAAGUCUGAACUUGAUAUGUAACGAUUGAGAACUAUAAUUAUUUUUCAGUAUGGUCGUUUGGUUGAUCUAUGUGAACCAACUCAUAAACGUUUUCAAAUGGCAAUAACAAAAGUUCUUGGUCGUAAUAUGGAUUCAAUUGUUGUUGAACGUGAAACAACAGUUCAAUCAUGUUUACGUUAUAUGAAAGAACAUCGUUAUGAACCUGAAACAUUUUUACCACUUGAUUAUAUUAAAGUAACACCAAUUAAUGAACAACUUCGAGAAUUACAAGAACCAAAAAAUGUUAAACUUAUACUUGAUGUUAUUAAAUAUGAUAAACAAUAUUAUAAAGCAUUACUUUAUGCAUGUGGUAAUGCACUUGUUUGUGAUAAUGAUGAUGAUGCUCGAAAACUUGCAUAUGAAAGUGGAAAUCAAAAAUAUAAAGUUGUUUCAUUAAAUGGAACACUUUUUAGUAAAUCAGGUGUUAUAUCAGGUGGAUCAAGUGAAUUAAAAGCUCGUGCUAAACGUUGGGAUGAAAAACAUCUUGAUGCAUUACGUAUACGUAAAGAUAAAUUAUUUGAUGAAUAUAAAGAACAACAAAAGAAAAAAAGACGUGAAGCGGAAUUAAUUAAUGCACGUGCACAAUUACAACAACUUGAAAGUCGUUUACGUUAUUCAAAAACAGAUAAAGAUACAGCAGAAAAAAAACUUAGAAUUUUAAUGGAAAAAGAUCUUGUUGAUUUUCAAGCAAAACUUGCUCAAUAUGAACCGAGAAUCAACGCUUUACAAGCAUCCAUUGAUGAACGAGAAAAACUUAUAUCAAAAUUACGUAUAGAAAAAAAUAAAAUCGAAGAUGCUGUAUUUACUGAAUUUUGUAAACAAAUUCGUGUGGCAAAUAUUCGUGUAUACGAAGAUCGAGAAUUACAAGCAGCUGAAAAACGAGCACAAGAACGUUUAGAAUUUGAAAAUCAAAAAACAAAAAUUCAAACAAUGCUUGAAUUUGAACGAUCUCGUGAUACAGCUGGUCAUGUUGAACAAAUUAACCAAGAAGUUUCUGCUUUAGAAGAUGCUUUACAAAAAUGUCAAAAAAAUGAGAAAAAAUAUCGAAAAAUUAUUGAAGAUCUUCAACAUGAAAUUGCUGAUAUAAAAGAUCGUUUAUUAGAUCAUAAGAAAAAAAUUGAAUUUCAAGAACGUGAAAUAGCCGAAUGUACAAAACGUGCGGCACAAUUAAAUAAAGAUUAUAAUGAACAACGAAAACGUUUACAACUUAUUGAAAGUGAUAUGGAAAAAUUACGUUCGGAUCGUCAUAAUUAUUAUCGUAUAGCUAAAUUAAAUGAAAUAUCAUUACCAUUUCGUGGUAAUGCUGGUUCCAUGGCAGCUAUAUCACUUGCUGAAACAUCUUCAUCCGAUGAUACAAGUGUAGUCAGUACACAAACACAAAUUAAUUCAAUAACAACAACAACAACAACAACUGAUUCAUCAACAAUAUCAAAUGGUGAUGGAACAUUAACAAGUCAACAAGAUACAAAACAAAUAUAUAAUUUAGAAGAUAGAUUUGAAUUAAAUUAUAAACGUUUACGUGAUGAUUUAAAAAAAAUAAGUUAUGAACAAGUUGAUAAAGAAGAAAAAUUAUUAAUUAAACAAAUGUCUGAUAUUGAAAUUCAAUUACAAAAACAUUUACCACAAACAUCAACAAUAGAUGCACGUUCACGUGAAGUUAAAACAACAUUUGAAUUAACAAACGCUGAAUUUGAACGUGCACGUAAUGCAGCUAAACGUGCACGACAAGCUUUUGAAAAAGUUAAAAAAGAACGUUAUGAUCGUUUUAAUGCACUUUAUGAACAUGUAUCAUCAUGUAUUGAUGAUAUUUAUAAAUCAUUAACUAAUUCACAAGCUGCUGUUGCUUGUUUAACAGCUGAAGAUGCUGAAGAACCAUAUCGUGCUGGAAUAACAUAUAAUUGUGUUGCACCUGGUAAACGUUUUCAAGCUAUGGAAAAUUUAUCUGGUGGUGAAAAAACUGUUGCAGCUAUUUGUCUUUUAUUUGCUUUACGAAGCUUUAAACCAGCUCCAUUCUUUUUACUCGAUGAAGUUGAUGCUGCUCUUGAUAAUACAAAUAUUGGUAAAGUAGCUGAUUUUAUUCGUGAACAAUCAGCAUCAGAAUUUCAAUGUAUUGUUAUAUCAUUAAAAGAACAAUUUUUUUCACGUGCUGAUGCACUUGUUGGCAUUUAUCCUGAACCCGGCGAUUGCAUAACUAGUCAUUGUCUUACAUUAGAUUUAAAUCAAUUCGACGAACGAGAAAAUAUUGCAAAUACUCGUAGCUGA